GUGAUUCGCCUAUUCGUUUUCUAUGAUUCUCUUCCACGUCUCUCCCGUCGUUUUGUAAACUUCAUCUAGAAUUCACUCCCGGUUUAUAUCGAAGUCUUUCAUAUCUGCUCAUGUUCAAAAGCUCCAGCUGAGGAAUCAUGCUUACCAGCGAUUUUCUGUAAAAUUUGAAGAAUUCGGUCAUUUUUUUGUGAUGGGUGCCGCAUCUGCCAGAUACCCAUUCGGAUUCACCGUUCACUCCAACCGGAAAGUGCACAGCUCAAGUUCCGAGUUUCCUCUUAAUGUGGACGUUUCAAGAAUUAGUCUGUGCCCAAGCUUUGUGUCCUUCACCGCUUCAAAGGGUUUUGUAGACCGUAUAUGUGCACGUCCUAAUAUUGAUGAUUUCAGCUGGGAGAAAGUGCCAACACCCAUGCUUGAUGCAAUUGAUAAUCCUCUUUGUUUGAAGAACUUAUCUCUUAAGGAACUCAAGCAACUGGCUGGUGAAAUCCGUUUGGAAUUGUCUUUGAUGAUGUCAGAUGCACACAUUUCAUUUGAAGACAGUCUGGCAGUGGUGGAACUGACCAUUGCAAUACACCGUGUUUUUCAUGCUCCAGUGGACAGGAUCUUGUGGGAUGUUGGACAACAAACAUAUAUACAUAAGAUUCUUACUGGAAGGAGAUCCCUCAUGAAGACAGUGAGACAAAAGAAUGGCCUUUCUGCAUUUACAUCCCGAUCCGAGAGUGAAUAUGACGCAUUUGGUGCAGGUCAUGGAUGCAACAGCAUUUCUGCUGGACUUGGCAUGGCAGUCGCACGAGAUGUGAAGGGGAGGCGAGAACGUGUAGUUGCAGUUAUCAGCAAUUGGACAACUAUGGCAGGUCAGGUCUAUGAAGCCAUGAGCAAUGCAGGAUAUUUGGACUCAAAUAUGGUUGUGAUUCUGAAUGACUGCCGUCACUCUUUACAUCCAAAAGUUGAGGAGGGCCCAAAGGCGUCAAUCAAUGCAUUAUCUGGUACCCUAAGCAGGAUCCAGUCCAGUAAAUCCUUCCGAAGGUUUAGAGAAGCUGCUAAAGGUGUUACCAAGCGAAUUGGUGGAGGUAUGCAUGAACUGGCAGCUAAAGUUGAUGAAUUUGCACGUGGUAUGAUGGGUCCUCGUGGGUCCACUCUUUUUGAGGAGCUUGGAUUGUACUACAUUGGCCCUGUGGAUGGGCACAACAUUGAGGAGCUAAUUUGUGUUCUAGAAGAAGUAGCAUCUCUUGAUUCAAUGGGCCCUGUCCUGAUUCAUGUAAUAACUGGUGAAAACCAAGGAGUAGAAAAUAAUCAGAGCAAUGUAGCAGAUAGGCAGCCGGAUGGUUCUAGCAACUUUGAUUCAUUUCAUCAACCUAGUCGACCUCGGACAUAUAGUGAUUGCUUGGCGGAAACUUUGGUCAUGGAAGCAGAGAAAGAUAAAGAUAUUGUGGUAGUUCAUGCAGGAAAUAUGAUGGAACGGUCAUUUCAACUGUUUCAAGAAAAAAUGCCAGACACGUUUUUUGAUGUGGGUAUGGCUGAGCAACAUGCGGUUACAUUUGCAUCUGGUCUGGCAUGUGGGGGAUUGAAGCCGUUUUGCAUAAUACCUUCUUCCUUUCUUCAGAGAGCUUAUGACCAGGUGAUCCAUGAUGUUGAUCAACAGAAAAUUCCAGUACGUUUUGUCAUUUCAAGUGCAGGAUUGGUGGGUUCUGAUGGUCCCCUCCAUUGUGGAGCAUUUGAUAUAACGUUCAUGUCAUGCUUGCCAAAUAUGAUAGUCAUGGCACCAUCUGAUGAGAUUGAGCUUGUGCACAUGGUGGCUACUGCCAGUCAUGUCAAUGAUCGGCCUAUUUGCUUCCGGUAUCCCAGAGGUGCUUUAGUUAGCAGCAACUAUACUGCAUGCAAUGGGGUUCCCAUGGAGAUUGGAAAAGGGAGAGUUCUUGUUGAAGGAAGAGAAGUUGCUCUACUGGGAUAUGGAUCAAUGGUUGGGAACUGCCUAAAAGCUUACACACUUCUUUCAAAGCUAGGGAUCGAGGUCACAGUUGCUGAUGCAAGGUUCUGCAAGCCCCUGGACAUCAAUCUUCUCAGGCAGCUUUGUAAAAACCAUUCGUUCCUGAUUACUGUUGAGGAAGGAUCUAUUGGAGGAUUUGGUUCUCAUGUUGCUCAAUUUUUUGCUCUUGAUGGACAGCUUGAUGGGAAAAUUAAGUGGCGACCUAUUGUCUUACCGGACAAUUACAUAGAACAGGCAUCACCAGAUGAGCAACUUGAUCAGGCAGGACUGAGUGGACACCACAUUGCUGCCACAGCUUUGAGUUUGCUGGGCCGUACCCGGGAAGCCCUUCAUUUUAUGUAUUCAUGACUGCUAUCUUCCAUGUUCAGUAUGAGAUGCUGAAGGGAAGUUGAUGGAUUAAUGGAGUUCAAUCUUGAAGGCCUUACAUAGUUGAUUUACUGAUCCAUUGAUUUUUGUAUAUAAAUAGUUUACAUGAGAUAUCUGUGUUGAUUGUACAGUACUAAUGCUAGAAUGAAAUAGAUCAGUUCGUUAUAUACACAAUGGAGGUUGCUCCAUCACAAUGCAUCUUCUGCCA